UGCCAUGUCUAAGGCAGCAGUGAAGAAGCUGCAUUGGCGCUCUAAAGUGCAGGAGAGCUUCAUACCGCUCGACGGGGCCUCAGGUGACCUGGGUGUGGCCGUUGGAGGCGGGGCUGACUAUGGAGAGUUCCCAUUCGUCACUGCAGCCCCUGGGGGCGGAGUCACAGUGGGCGAUAUCAUCCUAGAGAUUGGCGGAACCCCGGUGCUGGGGAUGACACUAGGGGAUGUGCGGGGCGUCCUCAACACCUGUCCUCACCCCGUGCGCAUCAAGAGUGUGUCACCAGGCUCCACCCUGUGUAAGGACUUGCGGCUGUACCUCAGUAAGUGCUUCACGCCGGGCUCCAUGGACAGCCAGCUGCAGCAGGUUAUCCGGGAGAACCUCUAUCUGCGGGCCGUGCCCUGCACCACUAGGCAGCCUCGUGAUGGCGAGAUCCCUGGGGUGGACUACAACUUUGUCUCGGUCGAGGAGUUCUUCUCUCUGGAGGAGUCCGGGGCCCUGCUGGAGAGCGGCAAGUUCAAAGGCAAUUACUACGGCACCCCUCGUCCAGUUCACAUAGGGCCUGAGAGCCCCCCCAUCACCUACCAGGAGCACCGCAACCUGCUGAGAAAGUUCCGGACUCGCAGCAAGAGCUUGAGCCACCUGGAGAAGGCGACCGAGGAGGGAGAGAACAGCGAGGAGGACUCGGGACUGUCCGGAGGUUCAGCUGGAGCCUCCAGCCUCCCCGCGCCCACGCUAUCGCCCAGCCAAUCACGUGACUCCAGCGGGGGCGACGGCAGCGCCCUGGAGAAUGGCUUCGGGAGGCGGCGGAGUUCCAGGAGACACGCGUCCCGCCAGAACUGGGAGAUGGUCUACAGCGACUCAGGGGACCCAUACUACGUAGAUCACAACUCCAAGACAUCCAACUGGAAUGACCCUCGACUUGGCAGCAGGGAAAACUCCUUCAUCAAAACAGGCUUACCAGUGUUCACUGACCAGCCUGGGGAGCUGAGGGGCUACUCUAGAUCCACACACACGGUCUCCAAGGGCCCCCUGACACACAAUAUCGUGGGGAAGUCGGGCUUGAGUUCUUGCGGGUGUGCACACCCACUCGCACUCAACACAGCGGACAUCCUGGUGUACAUCAAUGACGUGUGUGUGCUGGGCUCGUCCCAUAAGGAGGCUGUGGCGAUGCUGAAGACCAUCCCCACUGGCCACAGCGUGGACGUGGUGGUGCGCAGGGGAUACCCCAUGCUCUACGACCCCGACGGCUGCCCCAAGCAGCCCCUGCCCGUCCUGCCGGGUCCCCCGCCCCUCUCGUCCGGCCCCACCACCACCCAGCCCCAGCCCCUGCCCCUGCCCCACCUGCACCUCAAUGGUGUGCUCCCGCACCACGAGCGCACCUACACGGGCAUCCACGCCCGCAGGAUGGCACGGCUGAGCCUGGACGCCAACGGCAACAACGCCUCGCCGAUGUCCUCGCCGCCCCGUGGGCCGCUGUCCUACGCGUCCUACUCCAACGUGGGGCCGGGCUUCCGCCCACGCUCGUCCAGAGGGCUCCAUCACCACCUGCACUACGCCCAGGACAACCUGGCCAGUCAGAGCGACAGCGAGGUUGUGUCCGCCAUCGGCUCCCACAGGGCCUCACUCAUCCGUAACCACAACAACAACUCCCUCUGCGCUCCCAGCCCUCUGCGCCUUCACUCGGCCAAGUCGUCUGAGAGUGACCUCUCCACUUACGCCCCGGUCCUCCCCAUCUCCCACCUGCCCCUCCCGCAGCCCGAGGUGGGCCUCCCCGUCCCUCCUCCCAUGGGCACCUCCUCGCUCACCUCCUCCCCAGUGCGGAGGCCCAGCAGCAGCGGCAGCUUCCACCGGCCCAAACCGCACCACGCUCUCCUCACGCCUCCAACCCCUGCCCGGGGACUCGCCUCUGACCCCCUGGGCUCCGCCGGAGGGGGGUCGCCCCACUUUGGCUUCAACGGUGUAGGGGCCAGCGGUAGCAGCGCCGGGGGGAGCCCCAACAGCAGCAUCCCAUCCCCAGGAGCCAUGAGCAGUGGGGGCAGUGGCGGUGGGAGUGGGGGUGGGGGCAGAUUGGGGCUGGACCUGGGGUUGGUCGGGGGGGAGCUGGUCCCGGUGGCUCUGGGGCAGCAGAGUGAGGCGGGGGAAGGACUGGGGUUCAGCGUGACGGCGGGGGGGCAAGGGGGGCGUCUGGCCGUGGUCAAGAUGGUGUUGGACCGCCGGCAGUGUGCUGGGCUCCAGCCGGGAGACGCCAUCGUCAAGAUCAACGGCGCCGAUGUGCAGAGCCUCAGCUUCGCUCAGGUCCAGAGGGUCCUACAAGAGCACACCAAAAGAGGAGAAGUCGUUCUACUGGUUUACAGAGGAGGUUCCAUAUACUCCUCUGUUUCUCCAGCCUCCAUACGUAGGCACCGACCCCCCUCCCCCCCACCUCUCCCGCGACCCCCAGGCCCCGCAGAUGGACUUGUGGUGCCCCGCACCUCUAUGACCCCUCCCCCUCCCGCGCUGGUGCGCUCCUCAUUGGUGCAGAGCACCAGCUUCCUGGACUCAGUGCCUGUCACUCUCACCAUGGAGCCUCGUGAUUGGAUGAGCGCAGAUGAGGCGGGCAGCCCGCGGCCCAGCUCGCGACGGAGGGAGGAACGGGAGAAGCUGCGGGCGGCAGCGGUCACUCCGCCCGUUCCCCCAGCAACCCCGCGCGGCUACGAGGUGGAGCUGAAACGACGGCCGGGCGAAGGGUUUGGAUUUGUCAUCGCCUCGCAGGACGUGGAGAACGGCCGAGCAUGUCACCAAACACUCGGCAACAACUGGGGUGUCUAUGGCGACCGCUUCGUCCCCACGGUGACAGGUCCACUCAAUCUGCUGAUGGUGCAGUGCUCCCCUUCUCUUCUCAGGACACCACUGCCUUUGUGUGCUCUUGUCAAUGAGUUACAACGGCUAACUGUGGCUUGUUUUUGUUUAAUUCGGCCUUUCGGUGCUGAGGGGCUUCUGCGGCGGUUCGCGUUAAAUGAUGAGGUCUGUGCGUGGAGGCUCAUGUGUGUGGAUUUAAGCUGCCCAAGCCUGCCUCGGAUCUGUGUUCUGGACUCAGCUGGGCACACACACCACAACACACACACACACACACACACACACAAAAGCAUGCUGGAGAGACUGCAGUCAGCUUUCAAAACUGUCAAGGACUCCAAACCCACCUCUCUCCUCCCUCAUCGUUUCGUGACGGUGCGGAGGGGGAGCCCAGCAGCCCGGAGCGGUCAGAUUCGCCCCGGAGACCGGCUAGAGGCGGUGGAGGGCCGGCCAGUGGUCACACUGCCUCACCGUGAACUCGCCCAGAUCUUACGCCGCGCCGGGAACACACUACGCCUCACCAUCGUACCGCGUUCCAGCGCACAUGCCUCAGACAAUGCUGACUUUGACACAAACCACAGAACCAGGAAGGGCCACAGGUCUCGACCCAAGCAGGACUCUAGGUAUUACAGUGUGGAUCUGGAGCGAGGGCCCACUGGAUUUGGCUUCAGUCUGAGGGGGGGCAGUGAGUACAACAUGGGCCUCUAUGUGCUGGGACUCAUGGAGGGAGGGCCUGCCCAACGCAGCCACAAGAUACAGGUGAGUGAUCAGCUGGUGGAGAUUAAUGGCGACAGCACCACGGGCAUGACCCACAGCCAGGCAGUGGAGAGGAUCAGGACGGCGGGUCACCACAUCCACCUGGUGCUCAAGAGGGGCAACGGCUACUACGUCCGACUCGGCACGAAUCCAACAAUGUCGGGGGGCAUUGGGAGGUUGGGGGUCUUUGGGAUUAAGUCGCAUCUGGUUGCAGUAGACAGGAGGGGUCGGAGGAUAUGGGCAGGGGAGAGGGGGAGGCCACAAGGUCAAAAGGUCAGGAGCCCCAGUUCUUCAGGGAGGCGAAGCCGGUCAGAGAGAAGACGUAAAGGAGGAGGAGGAGGAGAAGAGGGGAGGAGGCGGAGGAGGAAAAUGAGCUACCCUGACUCUGCCGAAGUGACUCAGGACGAAGAGGAGGAGGGAGAGGAGGCUGGUCGGCCCAGCAGUCACCGGCGAGGUCAAAGGUCAAGAUCACUGUCAGCCGGGGCAGAGCGGAGAAAGGGGAGGAGCUUACCCAGAAACACCCGGAAGAACCACAGCGAUGAUGAGGUCACAGUGAGGUCACAGUCGGAGCGAGGGAGAGAGAGAGGAAAAGAAAAGGGGAAAGAACAGAGGAGGGGCGGACUGAGAAAGAGUGGCAGCAUGAAGAGGCUGAGAUGGCUGGAGAGUCAGAGCGAAGGGGAAGAGGAUCGCAGAGAGGAGGAAGGUGAGGAAGAGGAUGAUGAAGAUGACGUAUUUAUGCCCAUCCCCAAUCAGAGACUGCCCAGGUCUAAACAAGGCCGGAGGCAGCAAGUGGAGGAGUGGGAGAGUGAGGAAGAGGAGGAGGAGGAGGAAGAGCAGGAGGAGAGGGUGCGUGCAUGGGCCUCCCAGGUACAGAGGGAGCGGAUGCAUGAGCUGGAGCUGGAGGUAGGCGGAGAGGGAGCGCCACGGAGUCCUGGCGUGAAGGAGCGAGAGGAGGAGGAGGAGGAGCAGGAGGAAGAGGAGGGCGAGAGCAGACCUCGCCGGACGCUGCCUCAUGCUCUCUCUGGCCUCCCUGUCCUCCCCGUGGGGGCCAAACUGCAGCUCUACGUGCCCGUGCUCCCCCCGCUCGCUCACGAGGGGAUCCCCGCCGCACGCCUCCAGCGCCGGACCUCGUCCAGGCUGCACCCGUUCUCCUUCCUGGGGUCACCAGGGUCCGAGGACGUGGAGUCGGAGUCCGGGGCCAGCGUGUCAGUCGCCAGCACCACCGCCGCCAGCAUCUCGGGCCUCUCCCUGGUCCUGUCCGACAAUCACGACCACAGGAAAUACAAAACGCCCCUCCCUGGGCCCUGGCUCACACCCAGCCCACACACACUCCACCGGGUCAUCCAGGGGAACCGCCCGGCCUGGACGCAAGAAGGAAGAGGAGGAAGAGGAGGAGGAGUGCCCAGGUUCAUCCACUGAUUAAACCCUUUAAAGGCUCGUUUGGUCGGUCUCAUGGACCAGCCAUGACCUCUGUGGACUUUUCAAUUAAUUUUUAUUUUUGAGAGUUCGAUUUUCUUCAAUUUUGCAUUAAAGGUGAAGGAAUUGGAAGGAAUUUAAAGGAGCAGUUGGUUGCUGUAGCUGGGCACCCUUCCCAUUUCUCACAUUGAUUGCACAGUUUUUAUUUCUCUCUUCAACCCUCACUGAAACGUUUGCUUCUGUUUAACUGUCCAAACACCUCUCUCUCUCUCUCUCUCUCUCUCUCUCUCUCAGUUUGUAAACUACUCAAUCCUGUGUUGUGUGGAAAAAAAGUGUAUUUUUCUAAACACUUCUCCUGUUCAUUCUGCUAGUGAGCUCUGGUGUCAUGUCACAUCAUGUCAUAUGUCAUAUAUAGUUCUGGUACUUUUGGUUCUGGCCUCUGUUGUGUCUGUUGUGGUUCUUGUGUGGUGUUUAAAGCCACCCCCUCAGUGGGGUCUAUAGCAAUUCUCCAGGUGUGUAUUCAGUGAUACCUCGCCAUAGAGAGCAAUAAAAGGUUCCUGUCGGGUAGUUGUGAGUAGUACCCUAAUGGUGC